GUAAAGUAUUUAAGAGGUACCGGAGGCUUUGAGAAUUCUCACAGCAUCACAAAGAAAUCCAUCGAUCAAAUUUGGUUGGUAGAAAAUAUUUACUCUACGAUGGCGAAGAUCUUUUCCUCUGUAGGGUACACCGUUGCUUUGAUUGUGGCAGUAUGGUUGGUGAAUCUUCCGUCAAGUGAUGCGGGGUGCCGUGCUGUUAUCCUGACGGAGACAAAUUCUUCAAUAGUUUGCAUCUGGUCGUCUGAAAGCAGUACGUUAGUGCCAGACAACAGUUGCAACACUGAGUGCAAAAAUCGUGGCAUGGAUGCAGGCUGCACUAAUUCGCUGCAAUAUCCAGAGGGCUGUGGUUGCUCAAAAUGCGAUUGAUUGAUCACUCUAUGUAUGGCAGUUGCGCGUUUAUAAUUUGUAUUGGAUCAAAUAAGCUGGCAUGCAUAUAUACAUGAUGCAGCAAUGGUGCUCUCUCGAUCUCCCUCCCCCAUCGCAUACACACACAUGCAUACGUGUAUGUAUGUGCAUGUGGAUUCUCCAUGCUGCAUGCCGCACGUAUUAUUACCAUGUUCUAAUUGUAUACUCCGCUAUAUUAUGUUUGUCAUUUACACCCCAAUAUCAUACUCCCUAGUAACUAAUCAUCAUGAUCGAGUUUAAAUAUCACUAUAUGUUAUACUAGUAUGUAUACUCCCAUUUUACCUUUUCGGGAAAUCCCACCAACAUUGUCCCUAAACAAUUCAAAAUUGAAUUAUUUAUUCACCC